AUGAGCUUGUGGGGCGAGCCGGCGGCGGUCAGGGACGAGACCGCGGAGGAGCAGCUAGAGCGUGUCUCCGGGGGAUGGUGCCGCCAGCGCUGGCGAUGGCGGGGGCGGGGGCCGGGUUCCAGGCUGCUGAAGGCGGUCGCCACCAAGUUGGAGACGCUCCCGGCGUGCCUGUCCGGCUUCGGUGUCCGCACGCUGCACCUCCGCGCCGCGCUCCCGCUCCGCCCUUUCCUCCCGCGCCUCCGCGGCGCGGCCGCGUCCCCGGCGCCGAGGGACGACAUGGGCCUUGGCGCCAGUGAGGCGUGGGAUGCCACCGGCUUUGUUCUGUCCGACGGCGCGGCGCCGCCGGACAUUGGGGCCGAGGACCGGGGACGAAGAAGGAGCCAGGGGCAGCGGCGUCUUUUGCCAUGGUCCAAUCACGCUGGCACGCUGAGACCCAACCAACCGGGCCGGCAAAGCCAACCGGCCCAGCCUGACCAGCGUCGAGUCCACCACCGUCUCGUCUUGUCUGACGAGGUCCACCACGCCAGCGGACCGAGCGCGCCAACUCGCCACCGCCACCGCCACCGCCACCGCGCGCCGGGAAUAGCGCCGCUUCUCGCCCUCCUCCUCCUUUGCCUCUCCGUCGCCCGCCGGUGCUCCGCCACCACCGCCGCCGCGGCCUCGCCGUCCACGCCGUCCCCGCCCCCGCCCCCGCCGCUGGUCCCUGCGCUCUUCGUCAUCGGCGACUCCACGGCGGACGUCAGCACCAACAACUACCUCGGCACUCUCGCCCGCGCCGACCGCGAGCCCUACGGCCGGGACUUCGACACGCACCGCCCCACGGGGCGCUUCUCCAACGGCCGCAUCCCCGUCGACUACCUCGCGGAGCGGCUGGGCCUCCCCUUCGUGCCUCCCUACCUUGAGCAGAACAUGCGCACGGGCGCCGGCAGUGUUGGCCUCUCAAACGUUGAUGGGAUGAUCCAGGGCGUCAGCUACGCGUCCGCGGCAGCCGGCAUCAUCUCCAGCAGUGGCUCUGAGCUGGGGAUGCAUGUGUCGCUGACCCAGCAGGUGCAGCAGGUCGAGGACACAUACGAGCAGCUGUCCCUGGCUCUCGGGGAGGCAGCGGCAGCCAACCUGUUCAGGAGGUCAGUGUUCUUCGUGUCCAUCGGGAGCAACGACUUCAUCCACUACUACCUGCGCAAUGUGUCGGGCGUCCAGAUGCGUUACCUCCCUUGGGAGUUCAACCAGCUCCUUGUCAGUACAAUGAGACAGGAAAUCAAGAAUUUGUACAACAUAAAUGUUCGCAAGGUCAUACUGAUGGGCCUACCUCCUGUUGGUUGUGCACCCCAUUUCCUCGAGGAGUAUGGCAGUCAAACUGGGGAAUGCAUCGAUUAUAUCAACAAUGUCGUAAUUGAGUUCAACUAUGCCCUGAGACACAUGUCCAAUGAGUUCAUCAGCCAGCACCCAGAUUCUAUGAUCAGCUAUUGCGAUACUUUUGAGGGGUCUGUGGACAUAUUAAAUAACCGUGAGCGUUAUGGUUUUGUCACCACCACUGACGCUUGCUGUGGGCUGGGCAAGUAUGGAGGCUUGAUCAUGUGUGUUCUUCCACAGAUGGCCUGCAGCGAUGCAUCAAGCCAUGUCUGGUGGGAUGAAUUCCACCCAACUGAUGCUGUUAACCGCAUCCUGGCAGAUAAUGUGUGGUCAGGUCAGCACACCAAGAUGUGCUAUCCUUUGGACUUGCAACAGAUGGUAAAACUGAAGCUGUAGGACCAAUCUGAAGCUAGUAGCCUAACAUUUGUUUCGAAGAAAUGUUUAUAAUUGUUUAUAAUUGUGAAUCUGAAAGAGGGGACACGCCGAAAUGUUUAGAACUGUGAAUUACAGAGAUCUAUAAAGAUAGACCUGCCAGUU